CGACUAACACGUGUGACUGGUUCAUCAACAUGACUUUAAUGUGAUGACUGUGUUGUGAUAAGCUGGGACGUUUGUCUGUAUUCGUCAUCGAAGUGUUGGGCAAUGCGGACCAGAGUUGCUUGAUACCAUAGGCAUUUAAGGAAGCGAAUAAUAUUUGAUCACAGGAGCUUUCUAUUAUAAGGUACUCUGAUAAUUCAAGAUCUCCGGGUGUUUAAAAGACACAUACCAUCGCUACUCUCAACAUGACUGCAGCCAUAAUCGCGAUAGUGUUGUCCCUAUGCCUACAUUCAAUGGUUCUAGGUCAUGAGAUGGAGACAAAACAAGUAUGUACCUCCAAUUCCUCGACGACAUUUAAUCUCUCCUGCUCGGAACAAGAGAUGCUGUAUUUCGCCAGUUUGGACAUCCGGAAUAUGACCGACAACUGUGAGCGAGGUUCUUGUAGCUCAGGGUACUCCAGUACCGAUGACGUCCAAUGUAUGGGGGUCUCAUCAUGUGAGAAGACUGUGAAUAAGUCAAUGAUCCAGACAUUAUGUGAGAGCGUCAUCAAAUAUCAACCUACGAUAUCAUAUGAAUGUAUACAUGGUACUCCGGUGGAUAUCUGUACAACGACAGGAGUUGUAUCUGGUGAUGAUAUGAUGCUGCAUCUUGCAUCCCCGAACUUCCCAGGAAACUCAAACUCAACGGAUACCAACAAGACCUGCACGUGUGACCUCGCGGGGUCAGACAUGACUGUACAGAUCCUCGUGGGCAAAUACGGCAAUCGUGAUCCCGAUACGGAAAAAUUCAACUUGACAUCCGGCUCUGAAACAUAUUUGCCGACGGUACCUAACUCAACUAUUGCACAUCUGAUACUAGGUGUGGAAGCAAUGAAAAAUAAGAACAGCAUAACCUUGAAUUAUAAUACGAUAGAGAAGGAGGGAAAGGACGGCGACUACGUCUGGCUUAGAGUUAAAGGUUCCUCUUACCUGACCGUGGCAUGCAAUGGCGCUAAUCCACCCUCAACACCUGCCCCCCCGAGUACCACCACCGACGUCACAUCAGGAACAACACAGCCUGGAGGAAUCCCCAUGGUGACAGUGGCAAGUGUCUGCAGUGCUCUUUUCGCCGCCAUGAUCUUCACCGCCGUCUAACAUAACCAACAUGCUUACAAGAAACCAACUAGGAUUAGUUAGCACCUGCAGACCACCUCCUCGAAGUGCACGCUGCCGAGGCUGAAGGGUAGAUACCCAAAAGGGUACAAGGUGGUCUUCUUGAUGUUGUCCAAUAGUGAAUUAUAAGCUCUGUUGUAAUUAUCUAUCCUGAGUCAACUACAACAAAUGACCCUAUGGGGUGAACUAUCCAUUGUCAUCACUUUCAAAUAUUUGCUCGGGUACAAUUUAGAGUUUAUACUGCUGAUUGGUCAUGAAAUCGGUAUGAAAUCCCACCACAAUUUUGUUGAGAACAAAACCAUAUGAUCAUUCUUUUACUCGGGAUGUGUAAUCCAUAAUUUCUCGAAGCUCACACGCUGCACUGUAUAAUUCAGAAACCUGAUUAAACCGCUCAUGUAAUCGGCCUGCUCCAGAGCAUUGUCACAGUCUAGCUGUAUGAAGCUACAUUUAUCGCCAUAAUCAAGUACCCAGUAAGACGUAGUGUGUUUCUAAGAAGAUCGUAAACAUUCUUGCAGUUAAAGGCGAGUAUGCUUGUCGUAAGAGGAAACUAACGGGUGGUCAGGCUGCGCAUGACGAGACCCGUGUAGAACCCAUGCCUGCUGUAAAAGGCGACUAAGCUUAUCGUAAGAGGCGACUAACGGGAUCGGGUGGUCAGGCUCGCUGACUAGGUUGAUGCACGUAAUCGUAUCCCAAUUACGUGAAUCGAUGCUCAUGAUGUCAAUCACUGGGUUGUCUGGUCCAGACUCGAUUAUUUACAGACCGCCGCAUAUAGCCUACCAGCUCGUUUGAUCGGUUGCGACAACUUGCAUCUUGAAGCGUUACGUAUUACUGUACAGGUUUUGAAAACUAUGUAGCAUUUACUGGCUUAGAAAUGUUAAAUAUCAAGUUAAAUUUAAUAAAAAACUUGGAAGAGAAAUUAGUAAUUUUGACACUCUUUUACAAUGAUUGGAAAAGUAUUACAUAGUUUCUGUUGAGAUUCGGUAAAGAUUCAUUGAAUUGUAUUUGGACCAUGAUUAGUUGUCAGGAAUGUAGCACUAUUUAAUGUAAGCAGUGUUGUGGAAGUUAUUAUAUUUUAAUGUUCAAAUUAUUUUAAUCGUUAUUAUUAAUGUCAAGCGUUAUAGAAACAUGUGGAAUAUUCUGUGAGAUUCUAGUGACACUGGACAGGUCUAGCACUGUGUAGAAAGUUCUGGAAGCUGGUUAGACUAUUCAUGUGGAGCGUCCCUGUCUCAUCUCACACAUUUCCUCUCGCAUUACAUUUCAUAUUUUGUUUGAAGAUCACUCAUCACCCUGCCUAGGCCAGACUUUUGCUAUCACCACUGUUUUUUUUAUUUGAUACUGACCACUGUCAUCAUAUUAUGUAUUGCCACUCUAUUGACAACAAUUUGCGAUCUUCUCCGAAAAUAGACAACUAUUCAGAGAGGAUGUACCCGAGUCAAUACACUUGAAUAACGUCAUUUUCCUGUUUUGAACGACCCAUAAUAUUUUAUCAAAGGACAGUUGUUGUCAAUUAUGUACACUUCGAAUUAACGGAACCUUUUUGUGUCUAUAAAAUAUAUUCAAAACAAGUAACGAAACUAUUUUUCAAAUGGAUGAUUUUAAAUUUUGUCAGAAAACGUGACGCCAGUGAGUCCAGCAAUUUGAGGACGUGUAUUGGUCAACAUUGGUUUCGGCGACAGAUAGAACUUUGUGAAAAUAACUUUUUAAUAUUUUCAGGUAUUUGUAUAAUCAUUAAAGCUCAGUAAAUAGUAUAUACAAUAUUGUGUUGUGAUAUAAUGCUUAUGAUAUGUAUAGUCGGAAUGUACCCUGAUUUAAGGAGAAAUUUCUCCUCACAGUGUGCUGUACAAUUCUUAUUCAAGUUCUCCUUAACCUUGAUUACUUAACAAUAGGUUCGUUAGUUAUUAACAUAUUUCUUAUAGUUUGCUUUUGUCGCCAAACAGCCGUUAAUAUCAAUAUCUUUAUGGUAAUUGUUUAUAUGUUGUGAUGUUUUCAUAUAACACAUCCGCCUGCAGGAUAGUGUUUUUUUUAUGAUGGUGUCAACAACCAGCAACACUAGGGCAACUGUAAAACAGGCUGGACCUGCACAAACCUACCUUAGCCAUACAUCUGUUGUAACUCUAUGUUAAAACACAUGACUUACUUCUUUACGAUCGUUUCAUUCAGCGGGGUCCAGGAUGUGAGGGAAAAUGAGAAUUGCAUGCACGUUUCUUUACUUUUGUGCUGUAAUUACUGGAUAAUCUAUCAACGCUUUGCAAGACAUAUCCGUGUAGAGACCUACUAUACCUUAAGGAACAUCCAUUUGAUUUGCAUCGGGGUUGGAUCGAGGGAAUCAUGUUGUUGAAAACAUCUAUUUCCCCAGCUUUAGCCAACUAACUAUUUACAAUCUAUUCAUUUUGACUAUUAACACAAACAGUUUUGACGUUUUGGUUUUAUCCACAAAACAAAUGAUUCGUUUUCACCACUGCCAAUAAGUUAUUCAUUUUGGGCAUUUCAACCGGUGCCAUAACGUUUGUCAUUGCGCGAUAUUUCUUGCUUCCUUAGGUAAUCAUCAGUUACAGAUGCUCGUCGCAUGUUGUUUGAAUACGAUUGUCAAUAUUGCCUUUAGCUCCCUGUGCAAUAAAUAAAUAUGUAUUUUCCAUAA